GACAGCAAAUCCCAUAAUUCAGCUAAGGUGAUGACGUGUUUCUGGCGCGCCUCGUUCAGCUCAAGCAGGAGGGUUUGUUGUGGUUGGUUUUAGUAGUCCUAAAGGUUUAUCACCGCUAAUUAGGAGAUACUCAGCAAUAAUGUCUCAGCAACCACAGCAAACGGUGCCCUCCGCCCCUGACUCCCCUGCGCUGGUGGUCACCACAAACGUGCAGAAAUAUGCCAUAAAGAAGAAGAAAGUGCUGAGUGCAGAAGAAACUGAGCUGUUUGAAUUAACCCAGGCAGCAGGCAUCACCGUGGACCAAGAGGUUUUCAAGAUCAUAGUGGACCUGUUGAAGAUGAAUGUGGCUCCUCAAGCAGUCUUCCAGACUCUGAAAGCAAUGUGUGCAGGCCAGAGAGUAACUGAAAGCAGUGGCACAGAGUCAUCAACUGCCUCCCACAUCACUAGCAUCACCACAGCACCUACAGAGACCAGAGAAGAGGAUUCUUUGGUCUCUGGAAAAAGCCCUAAGCCUCCUGCAGCUCCCCCCUCAGCGUCUGGCCCCAGAGCCACAAGGGUCAACACAAAGAUUGUGGUCUACGGCCCCCAAGACACUAGUCAAGUGCGCAGUAAAUCUGGAGCGAGCCAUGGUGAGAAGAGCCGAGAGGCUUCUAGCCAACGAGUGCAGCGGCAGCCCAGCGCCACCAGAGGGCAGAAGACCAAGAGCUCUGGCAGCAGCAGCUCUUCAUCACAGAUAAACUCCACAUAAGACUCAGGAAAAAGUGAGGUCAGGUGUAAAUAUGUAGCUUUCUUUACCUUUAAUUUAUGUGUAUGUUUUACUGUGAUUGAAAGGUUUUUUAAAAAACAGGUUUACUCACUUACUGUAGUAAAAGUUUGGUUUUAUUUGGCCUGGUUUUGAUGUAAUUGUUGCCUCCACCUCAGUGCAGUAAAUGGAAGUUUAUUGUGCAAUAAUUAUAUUUAAAAGUUAAAUUUUCUGAUCCAGUUUUUCGAUAGAACCAUUUCUUUGGUUCAACAUAAUUCUCAGUGAGGUUUGUGAUGAGAAAUAAAAGAUACAUACUACGGAUGUUAAGUGAGAAAAUAUGAAAUGUAUGUUUUAUCAAAUCUGGAUAAACCAGCUAUUUAAACUUCUAACACAAUGUCACCUCAGUCCUGUUCUAGCAGCUGUUACUUCUGUCUGGUAGCUAUGUAGCAUCCAAACAACUGAGACUGACACACGCAUUGUAUGUACUGCACCGUUUUAUAUAAUGAUGAAAAUUUAAUAAACUAAAUGACACUGUA